GCCCGCUCUUCCUCCUUCUCCUCCUCCUCCUUCCCCCCGGCACCGGGACCCUCGGGCCGCUCGCCCGGGCCGGGGCGGAAAGGCUGGAACAUCCCCCCGAGGGAUCCCGGGCCGCAGCGGCAGUCACAUCCCAUCGCCGUGGGCUCGCGUGGCUCCGCCAGCCGCUAAASCGGUGCCGUGUCCAAAAUAAUCCCGCGGUGCUGCGCAUCUGCUCGCUGGCACUGUCGGCAGGGACAUCCUCUCCCGGGGGACAACCGGCUCCGGACGCGCCUUUUGGCUGCGAUUGCAGGCAUCGGCCAUCAUCCGAGCUGCCACCAAACCCUCCUGCUCUGCUUCCCACCGCCUGCCAAGAGAUCUGAGUGCCGAGGUGCUUUUCCAUCACCCUGGAAGCCCCCCUAACUCCCCUUCCUCCGUGCUGCGCCGUCGCUAAGCUAUCGGGAUCAUGGAGCUCCAGGCUGUGGUGUCCACGCUGGAAARCGGGGAGCAAGACACGGUUCUCAAGGUGCUCCAGGUCUACAACCAAGAGAAAUCUCAGUGCUUCACCUUCGAGGAUGAGGAGCGGGAAGAAAGGAAGAAAAUGGCCCAGCUGCUGAUCACAUUCUUGGAGAGGGAGCUGCAGCCGUCCUGCCAGGUCACCUGCCUGGAGAGCAUCCGCAUCCUGUCCCGAGACAAGCACUGCCUCGACCCUUUCACCACCAAGGAAGGCCUGAAGACCCUCUCCAGGCACGCUGGCAUCGAUUACUCGGAGGAGCUCAUCCGGGAGGUCCCAGAUUUGGAUGUAAUCCUGGAAUCACUGAAAUGCCUGUGCAACAUUGUGUUCAGCAGCGCCAUGGCGCAGGAGCUGACGGCCCAGGGGCGGCUGGUGGUGGGGCUGGCCCGGCGCAUCAAGCUCUACAACGAGCGGAGUCUCCCUCACGACAUCAAAUUCUUCGACCUGCGCCUGCUGUUCCUGCUGACGGCCCUCAGGGUGGACAUCAGGCAGCAGCUCGCCCAGGAGCUCCGGGGCAUCAGCCUCAUGACAGACACCCUGGAGCUGACCCUCGGGGUCAAGUGGUUGGACCCCUAYGAAGUUGCCACCGAGGAGGGACUUCUGCAGCCUUUGCCUCGGCAGGAGACGGAGCGAGCCAUGGAGAUCCUCAAAGUGCUCUUCAACAUCACCUUUGAUUCCAGCAAGAGGGAGGUGGAYGAGGAAGACGCUGCUUUGUACCGGCACUUGGGUGCCCUCCUGCGCCACUGCCUCAUGAUCUGCGCUGACGGCGAGGACCGUACCGAGGAGUUCCACAGUCACACAGUCAACCUGCUGGGCAACCUGCCCCUGAAGUGUCUGGACGUGCUGCUGACCCCCAAAGUGCGGCCGGGCUCGCUKGAGUACAUGGGCGUCAACAUGGAUGCGGUCAGCAUCCUGCUGGACUUCCUGGAGCGGCGCCUGGACAGGGGCCAUAAACUGAAGGAGAGUUUGACCCCAGUGCUGAACCUGCUGACRGAGAGUGCCCGGGUUCACCGGCAGACCAGAAAGUUCCUGAAGGCCAGGGUGCUGCCACCGCUGCGGGACGUGCGCAACCGGCCGGAGGUGGGCAAUUCCCUGCGGAACAAGCUGGUGAGGCUCAUGACCCACAUCGACACCGACGUCAAGCACUGCGCUGCCGAGUUCCUCUUCGUGCUCUGCAAGGAGAGCGUGUCCCGGUUUGUCAAGUACACGGGCUACGGGAACGCUGCGGGGCUGCUGGCGGCACGGGGCCUCAUGGCCGGCGGCCGGGAAGAGGGGGAGUACUCGGAGGAUGAAGACACGGACACGGAGGAGUACAAAGAGGCAAAGCCCAACAUCAACCCYGUGACGGGCCGUGUGGAGGAGAAGUUGCCCAACCCCAUGGAAGGGAUGACGGAGGAGCAGAAGGAGCACGAAGCCAUGAAAUUGGUCAACAUGUUUGACAAGUUGUCCAGGGAGAAGGUGAUCCAGCCCAUGGGCGUCACCCCCAGCGGCAACCUGGCGCCCAUGGAGAACGCCAUCCGCAGCAUCGCCGACGAGCGCUCGUCCUCCGACUCGGACCUGGGGCUGGACUGAGCCGGCUCCACCGCAGCCACGGAGAGCCGAGCUCCGGCCGCUCUCCCUCGGAACUGGUGCUGCACCCAGGGGCYGGCACUGCGCCAGGACUCGCCCUGUGGGAUCCAGAUCACAGCCCACCACCUGGAACACCUGCCUCCUUCCCAGCUCCAUAGCCACCUCUCCUUCCAGAGGUCUCCUGGCUCCACCUCGAUCUCUCCUGUCAGCAGCCUUGAGGAUUUCACACUCCAAAUUGCUUCCGGGACUCUCCAGUAGGAUUUUUGGGUUUUAAAUAUGUGCUGUUUGGGAAGAAGGGUCAGGGGGAGGCUCUUGCUGCCGCUGCAUCAGGGUUCAGUGAUCCACAGAGCCUCCCAUGUGUGUGUGGCUGUGUCCACAGUGGGGGCUUCUCCCCGGGAAUGCCAUGGGAAGGGGGGCUGUCAGAGAGGGGUGUGGGCCUCCAGUGGGAGCAGGAUCUGCAGGGUGUGGUGCAGGGGGCUGCAUCCAGGUCCAUGCACACCCAGAGCGUGUGGGUGAGCAGAGCAGAGCCCUGUGAGGCCUUGGAAGCUUCAACAUUCCAUUGGCCGCAGGAGAGAGCACGUGGGUGGCUGCUGGGAAUGCUCUGAUGUCCCUUCCUUGGCACUGGGCACUGUCCCUGUCACCACCCAGCUGGGUUUGGGCAUUUGCCUCUCCUCACCUCCACCUUUCCAGACAAAAGGCCAAUACCUGAGCUGUCCUUGGCUCCUCCUCGCUGUCCCCAGGCCGCUGUGACCCCAGGGGCUGCUCUCGGGCCUGGUGUAGAUUUAUCUUUAUUUUUAUUCCUGUUUUCUUUGGAAAGAAAAUCUUCCCAUUUGUCUCAUGUACCCAAGUUUCCAAACCUYCCGUCACGAGUAGGAAUGCACAAGUGACGCUAGAAUAAAGCCAACCUGACACGUGGGAGCGUKGCCGUGAUUCCUGGGAGCAAGGAAAGCCCUGUGGCUGUCCCCAUGGSAGAGGAUCCCAGUAGUUCUGCCUGUGUGUCCUUAGGAGCUGAGGGUGUUCCUGAACGUGGUCCCAGAGGUGAAGAGCUGGAGGGGUGCUUUGCUUGGUUUUCCAGUUUCCACUGCUGAGGCCCCUUGAUUGCCAUGUCCAGCUCUGAGCCCUUUGUGGACAGGAGGAUAUUGAGGGGCUAGAGCAUGUCUGGAGAAGGGAAUGGAGCUGGGGAAUGGUCUGGAGCACAAGGAGCUGAGGGAGCUCAGCCUGGAGAAAAGGGGUUCAGGGGGGACCUUGUGGCUCUGCGCAGCUCCCUGACAAGAGGGACAGCGGGGGAGGUCGGGCUCUGCUCCCAGGAACAGGGACAGGACAAGGGGAAAUGGCUUCAAGCUGUGCCAGGGGAGGUUUAGGUUGGACACCAGGAGGAAUUUCCUCAUGGAAAGGRCUGGCAGGCAUUGGAAGGGGCUGCUCAGKGGGAUGSUGGAAUCCCCAUCCCUGGAAGUGUCCAAGGAACACCUGGACAUGGCACUYRGUGCUCUGGGCUGGUGACAAGGUGGGGAUCGGUCACAGGCUGGACUUGAUGGUCUGGAAGGGCUUUUCCWACCUGGAUAAUCCUGUGGUUCUGUUUWGUUCCUGACUGACCCCCAAGUGCCAUUCCAGCUGUUGGGCUGGGGACAGCCCUGCUCUGUCACAGUGGGAGCUUUUAGGCCAACUGCAUCUUUCUUUUUAACUAGCAAAAAACUCCCCCAGUGCCCUUCUGUGUGCAGACACGUCCCCUGAUCCCUUCCCAGCUGUUGAAGCUUUCCCAAGCUUUCCCUGCAGAAGGAAAAGGGGGGGUUUGGUGCUUUUAAUGCAGCUGCUUCUGAUAUUGUUUCAAUUUUCCAGAGUGCUUUUAAAUCCCUCAGAACAGCUGCCAGGCCUGGCCUGGAAUGCCCUGGAGCAGGGAGUGAGCUUGGCACUGGGCGUUUUGGGAAGAGGUGUUCAUAGAAUCAUAGAACUCCGCUUUGGGGGAAGCAGAGGGUGGUUAAAAACAAGUCCUCACCAUUUCCAGUGUGGAUCCAUGUGSCACAAAGCUCUGUAUUGUGUUGUGGCAGGUUUGGGACACUGCUGUGACAGGGCUGUGACACUGCCACCCCCCGGGAUGGCAUCUACAACAGGGAAAGGCACUUGUGUGAGGGGGAAAAAGGGAAAUAAGGUACUAA